AAAACAAAUUUUUGCCAGAUGGCAAGCUUUAUUAAGUAUUUUUGAUUUCGAUAUUGAAUUUAUAAAAGGUAGUAAAAAUAAUAUUCCGGAUUUUCUAACCCGGGAAUUUUUACAGCAAAAUGGGUCGAAAGAAGAGCAAAAAUAAAGAUAAGGAGAGAAGCCCAAGCCCAACUCCAAGUUCAAGCCCAACUCCUAAAGCCCUGUCUGAACAUUCAGAUGAGAUUUGUAAAACCAUGGUUAAAACCACAGAAGCCUCUUUAAAACCUCAAUCAUCCGAUGAAACCCAUAAAGACAUUAAAAAAUGGGUCGAAGAACUCAGCCAGUCUCCAGAAGUGAUUAGAGCCCUUCAGAGUAUGGCUUCAAGUAUGGCCUCCUCUUCAGGAGAAACAGAUGCUGAAGGUGAUUCGGGCGAUGAUGGUGCCAUUUCGGCCUGUUGAUUUAGAUAAUUUUCUACUGGAUUAUAAACUGCUUGAGGAACUGAAGAACUAUAAUCUACCCCUUUCAUUUUAAGAUGUCUAUUUGGAAUUUCUGAUAUGGAGUGCCUAUGUUGUACUAUAGUUUGCAUUACUGGUUUAGGUUCAUCUUCUUUAUAUGUUGCAUAUAUUACUGAUGGUAUAUUUGAUACUCUUCCUAUAUCAUCUGUUAUUACUGAGGAUGAAGAUCCUGUAUAUCUACUGCUCAUGCUUCUGUUAAAUUUUAAUGAUACUUUACCAUCUUCGAACUGCUCUA